GUUGAUACCUUUGUAUCUAUAAUUGUCGCAAGGUCGCUCGUUCUCGCACCAGACGUGGAAGAUCCGGUUUCACAAACGCGCGACGCCAUGCCUUCUGGUGCUUCAACACCUUCAUUGUACCCCUCAAGCUCCUCAGAUGCGGAACAAUUAGAUGCAAAAGAACAGUCGACUGGGGUGAUGUGUGCGAAAGAACAUGAUAUUACGACUGCCUGCGCAACUCGAGAUCUCGACGCACUGGUGCGUCUGGCCACCUCUACGCAUGGAUUGGUAAAAGAUGAACUGCGACGAGCAGCUUGGCCGAUCUUGCUGGGGUGUUCUGAUGAUAAGCAACAGACAAUAUCUCCAUGGUAUACCCUUCCCGCCCAUCGCGACGAGGAACAGGUAGCCAAAGAUGUCAACCGAGCGUUUGUGAGCUAUCCAAAAGGCAAUAAGCAAUUGGAUCGGCGGAAAGAGGAAUUGUCGAACGUGAUCGUGGAAGUUCUGCGCCGAUAUCCGGCUCUGUCCUAUUUCCAAGGGUACCACGACAUUGUCCAGGUUUUGUAUCUUGUGCUUGGACCCGAGAGCGCACCCUCUGCGGCGAUACGUUUGAGUCUGCUCCGUAUUCGAGAUUACAUGCUCCCGUCAUUGGACCCUGCCAUCCGCCACCUAGAGCUACUGCCCGUAAUCCUGAAGAUUGAAGAUCGAGUCCUGUACAACCACAUUCCGAAGAUUCAACCGCAUUAUGCGCUAGGCGCCACGCUCACGUUGUUCUCGCACGUGAUAGAUGCAUAUUCCGACAUUACUCGUUUGUUCGAUUUCUUUCUCGCGGCCGACACCAUUAUACCCGUCUACUUCUUUGCGUCUUUGCUUCUUGCCAGGCGCGAGCAGCUACUGGAUAUCGAUAAAGAGGAGGAAGAUAUCUUUCUUUGUGAGCUGGGGAGACUGCCGGAGCCUUUCGAUCUUGAGAGACGCAUAGAGGAGACGGUCAGACUCUACGAGAGAGUACCGCCGGAGAAACUGGGCUUGGUUUGGUGGAAAGUAUCGUCGGCAAGCGUGCUCAAAUCGACAAGACGGCCAUACGAUGUCGCGCAAUUUGCGUUACCGGACGCCCAGAAGCUGCUGCGCCGUCAGGAAAAUGAAGUACGCAUAUUCCGAAUGUACCACCGAGCCGUCCUAACGGCAAAGAGGGCGAAGCUAUAUGGGUGGAGACACCGCCGAAGUGGCGUUCUGUGCAUCUCGAUUGCAGUUGGCCUCUGCGCCUUUUGGCUGGGCGGGCCACAGGGAGAUCAUAGACUUGGAGACGUGUUCAAACGCAUCAUGGGAUUACUUGUGUGAGGAAUGUACGCGUUUGCACUGGCAUCGCACGCUCGCAGGCGGCCGGAGCAGCAUGGAGAAAUAUAUCAAGAGCAAGAGGUACCCAUGGGCCAACAGUACUUGGCUACACAAAGUCCGAGGUGCAACGAAGAUCAUGGGUGUUACCGCUGUCAUUGAACGGAUGCUCGAAUUACGUCAAGCCCCUCACCUCCCUA